ACAAUAUUAAUAAAACGAUGUUUAGGUGUGUAAACUUCUCCAGUGAUCUCAACCUAAUAUGUACAGGAAGUUGGGAUAGUACAGUUAAACUUUGGGACCCAAGAACCAACUCUUGUACAGGCACAUUCACACAACCUGACAAGGUUUACUCAAUGUCUGUAGCUGGAGACAAACUAGUCGUGGGUACAGCGGGGAGAAAAGUCUGGGUGUGGGAUCUACGGAAUAUGGCAGCUCCGCAGCAAAAACGAGAAUCCAGUCUGAGAUACCAGACCAGGUGUUUGAACUGUUUCUCAAACAAGGCUGGUUAUGUACUGAGUAGUAUUGAGGGGAGAGUAGCAGUUGAGUACCUGGAUACAAGUAUUGAGGCACAAAAGAAGAAAUACGCAUUUAAAUGUCACAGGAUAAAAGAGAAUGGAGUUGAGAGUAUUUAUCCUGUGAACGCGAUCUCCUUUCACAGGCAAUACAACACUUUUGCUACUGGAGGAUCAGAUGGGUUUGUGAAUAUCUGGGACGGAUUCAAUAAGAAGAGACUUUGCCAGUUCCAUAGAUAUCCAACAAGCAUUGCCAGCUUGUCGUUUGCUAAUGAUGGUUCUGUUCUUGCUAUUGCUUCCAGCUACCUUUAUGAACAUGAAGAUAUUCCAGAUAAUAUUCCAGAGGAUGCCAUCUAUAUCAGAUAUGUAUCCGAUCAAGAGACGAAGCCCAAAUAGGGUCCAUAGAUGACCCCCAGCAGAGGAUUAAUCUCAAUGGUUAUGUGGUAUUCUACUCAGCUGAUCAACAUGUGCUCGACAGCUGAUUCACGUGUUCAACAGUUGAAUCACAUGUUUAACAGCUGUUUAUCAUAUGCUUGACGAG